AUGUCUGGGCUCGAAAAGUCGUUGUUCCAGCUGAAAUUCACUGCCAAACAGCUCAAUCGUCAGGCCAACAAGGCCGCCAAGGAGGAGGAAUCGGAAAAGGCCAAGGUCAAAAAGGCCAUCCAGCAGGGCAACCAGGACAUUGCUGCUCUGUACGCCCAGAAUGCGGUGCGCAAGCGAUCCGAGCGGCUCAACCUACUCAAGCUCGCGUCCCGAGUGGAGUCUGUGGCAUCACGUGUGCAGACCGCCACGACCAUGCGCUCUGUCACCGGCAACAUGGCCCAGGUGGUCAAGGGAAUGGACCGGGCGAUGGAAAGUAUGAAUCUCGAAAAGAUCAGCAUGGUAAUGGAAAAGUUUGAGCAGCAAUUUGAGGACAUGGACGCGAGCGCCAGUUACAUGGAGAGCGCGACUAUGGCUGCAGAUUCGCAGGCCCGGCCCCAGGAGGAGGUGGACCUGCUGCUGCAGAAGGUGGCUGAUGAGGCGGGUCUCGAGUUGCAGCACAACAUGGAGGCGGCGCCCCGGGAGAUCCAGGCUGAGGCCCAGGUAGAGGACUCGUUGAACGAGAGAUUGCGAGCUCUGAGGGGGUAA